AGUGAGCAGGGCGACGAAACUCGGCUGUCUUUCAUAGCGGACCACCGAACCUGUGUCGAGUCUCGAUAACAGCAUCCUCUGCUGUUAUUCAGCUCUGACACAUCAAUGACACUAAACAGUGUUCAAACGUGCUUUUUUCAUACGAGAAUAUUUUCAUAGACUUUUCUUUGUUGUUGUUUUUUCUACAGAAUUUUGUACAUCUUUUUUUUUUGUUUCCUUUUCUUGUCACCAUGGUGCUAGGAAAAGUGAAGAGCUUCGUUGUAAGCUACGACUGUCACAAUGACAGCAAUGUCCCCGUUUUCUCCAGCGGGGACUGCGUCUCAGGAAGAGUCCUCAUCGAAGUGACCGGAGAAAUUCGCGUCAAGUCUCUUAAAAUCCACGCCAAGGGGUUCGCAAAAGUGCGUUGGACUGAAUCGAGAAAUGCUGGAUCCAACACUGCCUACACUCAAAAUUACACAGAAGAAGUGGAGUAUCUAAAUCACAAAGACAUCCUUAUUGGCCAUGGAAGAGAUGAUGAUAACUCUGAGGAAGGUCUCACCACAAUUCAUUCAGGAAGACACGAGUAUGCAUUUAGCUUUGAGCUUCCGCAAAUACCUUUGGCUACCUCUUUCGAAGGGAAGCAUGGCAGCGUGCGCUACUGGGUCAAAGCAGAGCUGCACAGACCAUGGCUUCUGCCCAUGAAGACCAAGAAAGAGUUCACCGUUUUCGAACACAUUGACAUCAACACUCCCCUCCUGCUGUCUCCACAGGCAGGCACGAAAGACAAGACACUAUGCUGCUGGUUCUGCACCUCAGGUCCAAUCUCCCUAAGUGCCAAAAUUGAAAGGAAGGGUUACACCCCAGGAGAAUCGAUUCAGAUCUUCGCAGAGAUUGAGAACUGCUCCUCGCGCAUGGUCGUGCCAAAGGCUGCCAUCUACCAAACUCAGACCUUUUAUGCCAAAGGGAAGAUGAAGGAGAUCAAGCAGCUGGUGGCCAACAUCCGCGGGGAGUCACUGUCUUCUGGCAAGACAGAGACAUGGAACGGGAAGUUGCUGAAGAUCCCUCCCGUGUCACCGUCCAUCCUGGACUGCAGCAUCAUUCGAGUGGAGUAUUCACUCAUGGUCUAUGUGGACAUUCCAGGAUCUAUGAACUUGUCCCUCACCCUGCCUCUGGUGAUCGGCACUAUCCCCCUGCACCCUUUUGGCAGCCGCACAUCCUCUGUCAGCAGCCAGUGUAGCAUGACCAUGAACUGGCUAGGCAUGAGUCUCCCAGAGAGACCUGAAGCACCCCCAGCUUAUGCAGAGGUGGUCACAGAGGAACAGAGACAAAGCUGCUUGGAAGUGUCCUCGGGCCGUGAAGACCUCGAUGGCCCACUGUUUGCCUACAUCCAAGAAUUCCGCUUCCAGCCUCCUCCUCCAUAUUCUGAGAUUGAUCCAAAUCCAGAUCAAACCAGACAGCCAGAGGAGCAGAGGCCUGAAACAUGUCCAUCACGCUGAAAAGCUCAUAGCACCAGCUCAGAGCAGUCAUGCCCUUCAAACUUUCGACUUUCAGUUUUUUUCCCGGAGACAACGAGUGCACUUGCGCCGCCGUCGAUGCCGAGAGAAAACGAACACGCAGGAAGAAGGACAGUAAAGUGCAGGAAGUUGCUGCCGUGUCAGUUCAUUCCUGCCACAGGGAAGUGUGACCACUUUGCUCAUCUGUGUUGAUCCCUGUGGACAGAUGCACCUGGUUGGACUGUGAUGCCAGGUUUUAAUCAGCCUAGUUUCUGUUGUCCUCAUGCUUCUUUCUGUAACCAUGGCACAAAGUAAGGUUCUGUAGCACAGAGCUACCUGGAGACAGCCAAAUAUGCAGAGGAUACACUAUAGCCACCACCUGCAGUACAAAGGAGAGAAGACUAGAAUCUCUUACUUCUGUUGUGGAUUUUUGCACAUCUUAUAUUUAGCUUGAGUUAUAAGGCUCAGUUUGAAAAUCACUAAUUGUUUCGUUUUUCCACUGUCUUGGUCUAAUAUGACUAAAUGAUCGCAGGCUUGUUUCGCUUCAUCCGUGCAGCUUGCCGAGAAUAGAUUCAGAGACAAAAAUCCGACUGAGAUUCAGAGACUCAAUUCCUGCUCUGAUCUAGUUUCAGCUGUUCUUAGGUGGUUUUGUUUUUCCUUAAUUGCGUUCCCUCUUAAGGACAUGCAGAUGACAAACUGUGCUUAGUGACAUACACCACCUGAAAGGCUCUUCAGACUUGGCAUUGUUGCCUGUAUGGUUUGUAAUAGCAGUGUGACUUUUUUCUGUUUUCUCCUCCUGUUCACAUGGACACCAUGUACAAGUUCUAAACAUAGUAUGCCUUCAAGCCAAUCUCCGUUUCUUUUGGGGAUUAUGCUCCUAGCGCAUGUUUUGUGGUAGAGAACAGAAGACCAUUUGCCACUUGCAUGUGUAGGCAGGGCGGAGAGAUAAAACAGGGUGGAACCCAGCAGUUUGCCUGCAAACGGCCUGAACAGUUCGUUGCCUUUCUAUUUGUAGUGUAACGCAGUGC